GCAUGCGCCCUGUGCGCUGUCUUCUCCCGGUCGGGGCAGCAGCGGCGGCGGCGUUUGAGUGGACGAAGAUGGCGGCUGUGGGCGGCUCGGGGUCCCGCCAGCUGUGAGGAGCCCCGAGUACUGCAAGCGCUGCCUGAGGCAGAGCGCCUCUGCUCUGGCCCUGUCCUUGGCUCCCUCACCACAGUCGCCAGCGGAGUGAACCUGAGAGCGUGGAGCGAGCUGGGCCAGCUGUCGAGUGGAAUGUCAUGGCCAGUUCCUCGGACAGUGAAGAUGACAGUUUCAUGGCUGUUGACCAAGAAGAAACUGUGCUGGAAGGGACAAUGGAGCAAGAUGAGGAGCCCCGUCCAGUAUUGGAGGUUGAGGAGACUAGACAUAAUAGGUCCAUGUCAGAGCUGCCAGAAGAGGUUUUGGAGUAUAUCCUGUCCUUUCUCUCACCAUACCAGGAACACAAAACUGCAGCCCUUGUCUGCAAACAAUGGUAUCGACUUAUCAAAGGUGUAGCCCACCAGUGUUAUCAUGGUUUCAUGAAGGCUGUCCAGGAAGGAAACAUUCAGUGGGAGAGCCGAACUUACCCUUACCCCGGAACUCCAAUAACUCAGCGGUUCUCACACAGUGCAUGCUAUUAUGAUGCUAAUCAGUCUAUGUAUGUGUUUGGAGGCUGUACUCAGAGCAGCUGCAACGCUGCCUUCAAUGACCUUUGGAGACUUGACCUAAAUAGCAAAGAGUGGAUCCGACCUUUGGCUUCAGGGUCCUAUCCUUCCCCGAAAGCCGGAGCAACUCUUGUUGUGUACAAGGACCUGCUAGUGCUGUUUGGUGGCUGGACGCGGCCAAGCCCUUAUCCCCUACACCAACCAGAGAGAUUCUUUGAUGAAAUACACACUUAUUCACCCUCUAAAAAUUGGUGGAACUGCAUUGUGACAACCCAUGGGCCACCUCCCAUGGCUGGCCACUCCUCCUGUGUGAUAGAUGAUAAAAUGAUUGUUUUUGGUGGCUCCUUAGGAUCCCGGCAAAUGAGCAAUGAUGUCUGGGUCCUUGACCUCGAGCAGUGGGCAUGGUCCAAGCCGAACAUCUGCGGCCCAACUCCUCAUCCUCGAGGUGGCCAAUCUCAGAUUGUCAUAGAUGAUGCAACUAUCUUAAUCCUUGGAGGGUGUGGCGGUCCCAAUGCUCUGUUCAAGGACGCUUGGUUGUUGCACAUGCACGCAGGUCCCUGGGCCUGGCAGCCACUCAAGGUAGAAAAUGAAGAGCACGGGGCCCCAGAACUGUGGUGCCAUCCAGCUUGCCGGGUGGGACAGUGUGUGGUGGUCUUCAGCCAGGCUCCUAGUGGGAGAGCCCCACUCAGCCCCAGUUUGAACUCUCGUCCAUCACCUAUCAGUGCCACUCCUCCAGCUCUGGUUCCCGAAACCCGAGAGUACCGCUCUCAGUCUCCAGUAAGAAGUAUGGAUGAAGCUCCUUGUGUUAACGGCCGCUGGGGAACACUGAGGCCCAGGGCUCAAAGGCAGACUCCCUCAGGUUCUCGGGAAGGGAGCCUUUCCCCAGCCAGAGGGGAUGGCUCUCCUAUCCUCAAUGGUGGGAGUUUAUCUCCAGGAACGGCAGCUGUCGGUGGGUCCUCCUUGGACAGCCCUGUACAGGCCAUAUCUCCAAGUACUCCAUCUGCUGCUGAAGGAUAUGACCUAAAAAUGGGACUUUCUUUGGUCCCUCGACGAGGGUCACUGCCAGAUCAGAAAGAUCUGAGAUUAGGAUCCGUAGAUCUGAAUUGGGAUCUGAAACCUGCUUCCAGUAGCAAUCAUAUGGAUGGCGUGGACAACAGGACAGUUGGGGGAAGUGUGAGACACCCUCCUGAACAGACGAAUGGUGUGCAUACCCCACCACACGUGGCCAGUGCCCUUGCAGGGGCCGUCUCCCCAGGUGCCCUGCGUCGGAGUCUGGAAGCUGUCAAAGCAAUGUCAUCCAAAGGCCCCUCGGCCUCUGCAGCACUAAGUCCUCCUCUUGGGUCUUCUCCAGGCUCCCCUGGGAGCCAGAGCCUGAGCAGUGGAGAAACAGUGCCCAUCCCCCGCCCAGGGCCUGCCCAAGGAGAUGGACAUUCCUUACCUCCCAUUGCCCGCCGCCUGGGCCACCACCCUCCACAAUCCCUAAAUGUUGGCAAACCCCUGUACCAGAGUAUGAACUGCAAGCCAAUGCAGAUGUACGUGCUGGACAUUAAAGACACCAAGGAGAAGGGGCGGGUCAAAUGGAAAGUAUUUAAUAGUAGUUCCGUGGUCGGACCUCCUGAAACCAGCCUGCACACAGUGGUACAAGGCAGGGGUGAACUCAUCAUAUUUGGAGGACUUAUGGAUAAGAAACAGAAUGUGAAGUACUAUCCAAAAACAAACGCCUUGUACUUUGUGCGAGCAAAGAGAUAAUGUGUUCUAAAUCCCUUUCCCUUUCUGUGGCUUUUAAUUUGGAAUUUUCCAGUGUGCAAGCAUUUGGACUGAGAAUUGGGAAAACAACAAAAUUAUUCCCAUAAACCAAAACUCUAAUUCCCAACCUAACUCACUCCAGGCUGGGAUCAAAUCUCCAUUAAGAAAAAAAUUAUAUAUAAAUAUAUAUAUAUAUUAUAUAGCCAACUCUGUUUACAAAAAGGGAGAGAUCUCCAUCCUGGUUCAGAUAAAAUUGUUGCUGUGUUUUAGCAGAGGCUGUGCUGCCUUUUUCUACUUUGCUGGUAACUAGACCAAGAAGUUAGGGAACAGACUAAUAUCAGUAACUUUCCAAAAGAAACUGAAGAGCCCCCUAUAAAUCUUUAUGUGGCCUUCUCGGAGUUCAAAAAUGAAAGGGCAUAUAUAAGGGGCAACGGUGGAGGUUUUUAGUCUCAUGCUUCAGGUGCUGGCAGGGUAAAAGUAACUCAUAGAAAACUGUUCUUCCCCUUCUCCUCUUAAAGCCAAGAGAACCUGUGACAACUCUGAAGAAAUGCCCUAUGCCUGGCCUUUUGCCCUUUAUGGCUGAGGAAAGUUACCCAACAAGGGGUUUUGUUCCAUGUUUGUGUGCCAGGUCAUCGUGAAAUAACGUGUAUGCAACCAUCAUCUGUCCACCUAAUGUCCGUCGGUCUUUUGAGUGCUCCCUGCGUGUCUCGGAAAACAUUUUGGUGUCUGAUUAUGGAAUUUUCUGACAAUCGUAUUUGGUUGCAAGUUGCCAAAAACCGUAUUUGUUCUCCUUUUUCUUCUCUUAGAACUUGGUCCUUGGAAGCUGCCUUUUCCAUUUAUAGGCUACUUUUUUCUUUUUCUUUUUUGUAUAUGUGGAUUUUUUAAAGGCCCUAAAACUUUUCUCACUUUCUGUUUCUUUUACAAAGCUCAUGUGCCUAGAGAAAUUGGAGGAUUCUUAGAAAUAUUUCUGGAACCCUUUCCCUGAUAUCACUGGGGGCCAUUAGGGAAUUCUAAGAUACUAGUAUCAUGAGAAAUCUGUGAAGCUUCAAAAGAUACUGUUUUUUCCCUGUGGGCUUCUUUAUAUUUCCAAAGCACACUGGGCAUACCCCCCCAUAUUUAUGUUAUGAGGAAGUUGAUCCUGAAAGAAAAUCCCAGUAACAGUUCUUUCAAGAAAUGUGUUUUCUGCUUGUGACAUAUAUUCCUCUCCAUGGCUAUUUGACAGGUAAUGAGGUCAAAUAUCAUGUACUUGACCUUCAUGAUGCAUGGCUAACCUUGGGAGCAGCUCCAUCCUUUGUGCUUGUCUUGUUCAUGUGUCACCCAAACAGGGACUGGGUUUUUACUUCCACUUUAUUUCUGAGAUUCAGGUGUAACCAAGUAGAGCGUUUCUUUGGUCGAUACAGAAAGUUACAAGUUACUAGUCUCCAGACCAUAGUCUGGACAUAGAAGAUGUCAAAAUAAGUUUAUUUCAGAUGGCACCAUUUAAAUGUGGGUUUUUUAGUGAUUUCUCAUCAGUGGAAAGAGAAUUUUUGUUUUGCCCUCAGGAUUUAAAUUUCAAAAUAUCACGUUUCUCACUCCCAUACUCCGUCCCCUUUUCCUUGUUAGUGCUUCCCAGGCACAAGCCUGCUGCAGCUGGCCCUGGGUCCUGGCUUUCAGCCAGCGCUUAGCAGUCUGUCCCAUGAGUGUAUUUUCUCCUAUUGCAUCAUGCUGAGUCCCUUCCCUAGUCAUUAGCUUUUACAGUGUGGUCUUGGUAGGAAAGCAGCCCUGGUGCCAAGCCCAAGAAAGGGCCAGCUCACAGGGAGAGGUAUGUGUUCCAGAAGGUUCUCUCCAUGCUCCCUUGGAUGAGGAAACGACCAUGUGCCUACUUACUGUGGUGUCCAACUGCUUGAAGCUCCACACUUUGCUUUCCAGACUCUGGGGCUCUGGCACUGUUGCCAGCCCUUGCUUGGCAAAGACUGUUCAAUCAUGUGGGGUCCUUAAUUACAAGGGAAAACUAGCCCCGAAGAUUAGCAAUUUAGGCAUUAUUGCUGUUGCUGAACCUUUUUUAUGACAUUGCAUUUGUGCAUGGACAGUGCCUCCAAACUCAGUUCCUGUUGAAAUAUAAAGUAUUUGGAAGCCUGAGAGUUCAGAGUCUCAAUUUCAGUCUUUCUCUUUGUCCUGUGGCCUUCCUAAGCCAGCUGCUACCCUGUUGAUUCCUUCUACUUCCCCCAAGGGGGCAGGCAACGGAGAUGUUAAUUCUCUUAGAAGGUAAUCUGGUUCCUCUGAACUCCAUGCCAUCCUAGGGUGGCCCACACUGCUUGGAACCAGACUGUCUGCUUACCGCUGUUUAAGAAAAAUCUGCCUUGUCUGUACACAUUGGUGUUGGUCUUGGUGGCCCCUGGGCACUGUGGGUGUGUACCUUGAGAAAGCAACUCAACACGGUCAAGGUGAUUUUCUCCUCAGGCCUUAUGAAGCCACGUGUGCAAUGGAACUUCAGGUGUCUCAAUUGAGGUGAGCAUUUCCACAACACGUGGAUGCUUCAGUUAGAUCAGAUUUAACCACAACUCCAUUUUUGACAUGAUACCAAUUUUGUCUUAAAAUUAACUGAGAAAAUGAGACAAAAAAAGUUUUUAAACCCUCAGGAGCACCUAAAGCAAAUAUUUGUCAGAAUUUAUUUAAAAUACAUUUUGUUUCUACUUGAAGCUUUAACCCCUUCCAUUCCUGCAAGUGUGCCUUGGAGAGCUCCCAUGGUCUGUGACUUCACCGGCCGCCUCCUUAUUGACCUCAUGUAAGAAUUCAGUCUCUUCCUACUACUCUCUUGGACAGAGCUUCCUGUUUUCUCAUUUUACGGGUUAUGCAGCAGAAAGAAAGGGUUCUGUAUUUUCAUUCACAUUUCCACUCUUCCACACUUGGGUGGUUGGGCUCCACAACCUCACCCUACCCUGUUUUGGGAGCACAAAUUAGAUAUCAAAACAAGCUUAAAUUUCAUUUUAAGGCAAUACUGGGCCUACUCUCCUCCCAGCCCUCUAUGGAUUUAUUUGAUUUUAAUGUUUGAGUUUUAUAGGAAGAGCUGACACCAUGAACUAUUCAAGGAACUGUGUUGGAAUUCUUUAAAGAAAAGAGGAGGAAGAGGAAGAAAGAAAAACAACUUAAGAAGUCUUGACUUUGAAGGACAGAAAGCUACCAGCCACUGGAGAACAAAGGGAUGUUUCCCUUUCCUUCCACCUUGUCUUUCUGGGUUUCUUUCUGCUUUGCUUUUUUCCUUCCCCUAAAAAGUGAUAUUCCUGGUUGGUUUGUCUGUCUGUCCUUGUCCUUGUGGUGAUCCUGGCAUUUUGAAGUGCUCUGCUUUGCAUUAUCUGUGGUCUCUUACCAGCACACAAGUCAGUGGGGAGGAUCUGAACACACCCAGGGGCAAGGAAGCUGAACUUUGAGGCCCGUGUCCCAGGCAGCUCCCCAUGAACUGCAGAAGGCAUGUUCUGCAUGGUCACCAGUAUGUGGCUCCCUCUCACCAUGUUCAUUGUCUAAUGAGAGCAAACUCUAGGCGUUGGCUCCACUGUACUCUACUCGCUCUGCUCCCCUCCCACCAACCAGGGUUCAUGUCAGUGCACGCCCAUGGUGCCCUGGCCAAGCUGGUGCUGUGAGUGAUGUUUCCCAUACAACUCAGGGAUGCCAGGUGGCUUACCCUGAGAUAGUCAUUUUAGGCACAUAACAGUGUAGGAAUGAAAAUGGACUUCAUUGAUAUUUAAAUCUGUCAAUUUCAUUUUUUGUUAAUGUUUUCCCCCUGAUGACUUUUUAGCGGUUUAACAAAUAAAACAAAAUGGACAAUUGUCUUAA